UUGUUUAGCGUGUUGUCUUUGCUUUCUACCUGAAGCAUUAGUAAGUUUGUGGGAAGAUCGUUACCGACCGAUGUCAGAGUUUUAAUAAUAUUUUGAUUUUAACGUAAAAUUUAUAAUUUUGAUUGAAACACAUUGCAUUUAAAUAGAUAUUGAAAUCAAGUGUGAGAAUUUUUGAAUUAUGUGACCACAAUAUAAUAUUUGGUUUUAUUAUGACGGCUACGUGAUGUCAAACAAAAUCGGUGGGAUGGAAAUCCUCAGGAAUAUAAAACAGGUAGCCAGCUCAGGAACAAUGCUGGUGUUUUUAUUACUCUUUCUAAUUCAGAAGCAUUGUGCAUAUGCCCAAGGACAAGAAGGCUUCUUUAACAAAUCUUCAUACGUGUCUAUUAGUUCUUUAUUUGACGCACGAAGUAGAACUUCGUUCAGUUUUAGAACUUGCUCCAGUGGGGAGCUAUUAUACCAAGAAGGUAUCACUGGAGACUAUGUAAAUGUGACUCUCUUACCAACGGGCUCUUUGGAGUUCUCGUGGGAAGUGAACAGAGUUCACCACUCAGUGACUGUAGGUGCUAAUCUCAUAGACAAUCGCUGGCAUGACGUGGAUCUCGUCCAUAACCUUGGAUCCGUAACGCUAUCUGUGUCCAAGAGCAGUGUGCUUGUUGCAAAUAACUCCUACAACAAGGAUCUCUUUGAUUUGAGGUUUGACAGCGGUCAUCCCCAACUGACUGUUGGAAGAGGUUUUACCGGGUGUAUUCUACAAGGAGCUGGAGUGGUUCUGAACGAUUCUAGCAUAUACUCAUAUGAAGUGGAAUGGAAGAAAUGCCCUUUGCCGGCCAAAGCUUCCUGUGAGGGCUACGAAACUGAUCCAUGUUUUUAUCAACCUUGUCAUAAAAAUAGCAAAUGUUCACCAUCGCCAAAUGGAUAUCAGUGUGAAUGUAGUAAUCGGUACGCUGGAGCAAACUGUGAUAUAGAUCUAGGUCCUCUCUGUGAUAAACCAGAGUACAAUCAGUGCCAGAAUGGUGGUACUUGCCAAGAAGAUGUUUUGGGUAACUUUACAACCUGUGCCUGUCCUCCCAAAUACACUGGUACCCAUUGUGAAACAAUGGUUGAUAAUACUUUUUGUGAUUUAAUGCCUUGUCGAAAUGGUGGAACUUGCAACAUUAAUCAAUUCAGAACUAGUUAUGUAUGUACUUGUCCACAAGGUUUUGCUGGUAUUGAUUGUGAAUUAAAUAUUGAUGAAUGUCAGUCUUCUCCAUGUUUAAAUAAUGGAACAUGUACAGAUGAAAUCAACUCCUACUCAUGUGAUUGUUCAAAUACUGGUUAUAGGGGUCACAACUGUGAAGAAAAUAUUAAUGAAUGUGAGGAGAGUAAUCCAUGUUAUACUGGAAGUCAGUGCUUUGAUAGAUAUGGGGACUACAUGUGCAACUGUCCUCCUGGAUUUGGAGGCAAGAAUUGUGAUCAAGAAGUAAAUGAAUGCGAUUCUUCUCCUUGUCAGAAUCAAGGUACCUGCAGAGACAAUUUGAAUGGGUAUUUAUGUCACUGCGUUGUUGGAUUUGCUGGAAUAAAUUGUGAAGAAAAUAUUGAUGACUGCAAUGGAGUCUCCUGUCCUAUAAACAGCCACUGUGUGGAUGGUGUGAAUUCAUUUUCAUGCGUUUGUGAUCCGGGAUAUUCAGGAGCUGUUCCUCACUGUCAGGAGAUAGAUGAAUGUGCCCAAGUUCCUUGCCUCAAUGGAGGAACUUGCCAGGACCUCUUGAAUGGAUUUGAAUGCACAUGCAGAAAUGGAUUUGUCGGCAAACACUGUGAAAUCAAUAUAGAUGAAUGUGAAUCCAACCCUUGUCAAAAUGGAGCCACGUGUGUAGAUGGUGCAGGAGCUUAUACAUGUGACUGUGUGCUUGGAUAUACUGGAAUCAACUGUGAAACUGAUAUAAAUGAUUGUGAUCCUAGUCCAUGUAAAAACAGUGCAAAUUGUACUGAUAUGGUAAACGACUACCUCUGUCAGUGCUUACCUGGCUGGGAGGGCAAAAAUUGCUCUGAAAAUAUCAAUGAAUGUCUAUCUCAACCCUGCAUGCAUGGCCAGUGUAUUGAUUCCUUGAACAAUUUCACAUGUAGUUGUGAUCCUGGAUAUUCUGGUGCGAUUUGCGAUGUUAACAUCAAUGAGUGUGAUUCUAGUCCCUGUUUCAAUGGUGGAACUUGCACUGAUCUUAUCAAUGACUUUUCUUGUGAAUGUCCUGAAAAUUUUAUGGGCAAAAAUUGUGAGGAUGUGUACAACGCCUGUGGUUCCUCUCCAUGCCGCAAUGGUGGCACAUGCCAAACAACUAUUCCAUCUCACGAAUUCAGCUGUAGUUGUCCUGAAGGUUUCUUAGGAAGUACAUGUGAAGUAGACAUAAAUGAUUGUGAAGGAGUAAUAUGCCCUACUGGAAAAAUAUGUGUUGAUUUGCAGAAUUCUUAUGAAUGUCGAUGCCCUGCUGGAUUUUCUGGUGAAGACUGCUCCAUCAACAUUGAUGAGUGUAGCAGUAAUCCUUGUGUUAAUGGAACGUGUGUAGAUGGUAUUGGAGCUUUUGCUUGCCACUGUCCUAAAGGCCUGACAGGGAAGCUCUGUGAAUCGGAUAUUGAUGAGUGCCAGGACUCUCCCUGCCAACAUGGUAUCUGCCAGAAUAUGUUUGGAACCUAUCUCUGCUACUGUACUCCAGGGUAUACUGGAACACACUGUGAUAUCGAAUUUAAUGAAUGCCUCUCCAGUCCAUGUCAGAAUGGUGCCACUUGUAAUGAUCUUGUUAAUAACUAUAGCUGCACGUGUGUCCCAGGAUUUGCUGGCCGAAACUGUGAGAUUGAUAUUAAUGAAUGUGACUCAAAUCCUUGCCUGAAUGGUGCUACUUGUAGUGAUCAAAUUAAUCGAUAUGAAUGUACCUGCAUCCCAGGAUUCUCUGGAAAAAAUUGUGAAGUCAAUAUUGAUGAAUGUGCAUCUCAACCUUGUCAGAAUGGUGGAAAGUGUGUAGAUAUGAUUAAUGAAUUUGUCUGUAACUGUACAGACACUGGCUUUUCUGGUACCUUCUGUGAAACCAACAUUAACGACUGUGAUCCUAAUCCUUGUCAGAAUGGGGCAUCUUGUGAAGAUAUGAUCAAAGACUACCAUUGCCAGUGCUAUGAUGGUUAUAAUGGAAAGAACUGUGAACAUGAUAUCGAUGAAUGUGCCACCUCCCCAUGCUUAAAUAGUGCUCUUUGUUUAGAGAAUUCAAAUAAAACUCUCUAUGAAAUGAACUAUCUUGGCUUCUUUCCAUCUUUCUCAUAUGAAAUGGCCAGUGGCUUUCGUUGCAUUUGUGCAUCAGGCUUCACUGGUGAAAACUGUGAAACAAAUAUAGAUGAUUGUGAACUCAAUGAUUGUAGACAUGGUAUAUGUAUUGAUGCUAUAAAUGAUUAUUAUUGUGCUUGUCAUCUUGGAUAUGAAGGAAUGCAUUGUGAAAGAGAGAUAAAUGAGUGUGAUACUUUUGAACCUUGUAAGAAUGGAGCUACCUGUAUUGAUCAAAUAGCUGACUACAAAUGUGAAUGUUUGCCUGACUUUGGUGGAAAGAACUGCCAGACUAAAUUAAUUGGGUGUUUUAAUGUUCAGUGCCUUAAUGGAGCAACAUGUAUUCCAUUACUUAAUGAUAGAGAGGAACAUAUCCAUAAGUGCCUAUGCCCUGAAGGUUUCCAUGGAAUGUCCUGUGAAAUUGCCACAACUGUUUCAUUUGAUACCGGCGAUUCUUUGGCUGUAACUCGAUACAAUGACUUGCUGGACACUUUUAACUUGGAGUUUCAAUUUCGCACUACUCUUCCUAGUGGUAUCAUCAGUACUGGCUAUAUCUCAAAUAACAUGUUGCAGUAUAUUCUCUAUCUUUUGAAUGGAGUGAUUAAAGUCGACUUAUAUACUGGCACUAAUCAUAUUGCUCAACUCUUUUCUAAAAGUGGUCAGAAUGAUGCAUUGUGGAAGACUGUCAAAUUAGGGUUCGAGCCUAAUGAAGUAUCUUUAAAUGUAUCCGGUUGGGCUCUCCAAAAACGUCUCAACUUCUCCUCUUUAAAUUUCACUGUUCAGUUUGGCUCAAUUAGUAACAUGGCUGUAAACUUUGACCAGAACCUCAAAAUACCUGAUUUCAUUGGCUGCAUUCAAGAUAUAUACAUGAAUGGUGAUAUUAUAAUUCCUAAUGACAACUGCAUUCUGCAUGGUGCAAAGGAAGGUUGUUACCGGGAAGAGCAGUGUGAAGGCAAUCCCUGUCACAAUGGUUUCUGUAAAGAUAAUUGGCUCAGUUAUGAAUGUGUUUGUUCGCGACCUUUCUUUGGUACAACUUGUCAAUAUAGUUAUGAUGCUGCCACAUUUGGCUAUCAGAAUCAGAACAGCAGAGCAGAAUUGUUACUGUCUGAGGAAGCAAAAAUAUCUCUAAAUUCUGAAAUGGAGUUGUCUCUUUUUGCUCGUACUAGAAAUGAAUCUGGACUUCUGUUCUAUUUGGGACCAGUUCUUGGAACUCCCAGUAAUUGCACUUCACAGGGUAUGCACAAUGAUACAUUCCUACUUGCUCAAUUAGUUUCUGGAAAACUGCAAGUUUUACUGAAGCAACAAAAUGGAGAUAUCACAGAAAUAACACAUGAUGGAAAAUUGGAUGAUGGCAAUAAUUAUUAUAUUCAGGUUAAUUCAAAUAGUUCUUUAUUGACUCUGAAAGUAAAUGACACAGUUCUAAGUAAAUCCAUAUCAUCCUCCUCAGUUUGCAAGGAAGCACUAUAUAUUGCAGAUUUACCUUUACAACGCCGUCAAAAGAGGCAGAUACAACCUCAACGUUUCACCGAUAAAAUUGACAUCCUUUUAUUAGAUAACAUCUCUUUUUUCAAAGGUGUUAUCCAGGAUUUCCGAGUCAAUGAUGAGGAAGUUGUAUUUUAUGAGUUGGCUACUCAGGAUGAAGGCUUUCCCAAAGUGUUUGGUAAAGCUAUUUUAUCGCCUUCUGUUCAGAGAGGAGUAGUGAGCAAUGAUCCAUGUAAUACCAUCUAUCCAUGUCUUCAUGGAUCCGAAUGCCAAGAUGUGUGGAACGAAUAUAUUUGUAUUUGCCCUGAAGACUACCGAGGCAAGAAUUGUGAAGAAAGAAAGCCAUGUGCUGAUAAUAAGUGUCCAACUGAUUCAGAAUGCCGAAAUCUUAAAAUAGGCUAUGAAUGUGUUGCAAGUGCUGCUUUUGAUGGAAAGCAAAGUGGAGUUCAUUACCAAAUCCAAAAUACUGAUCAUACCUUCAUGAAUAUCAGCUUUUCUUUCCGUUCAAAUAAUAGUGGCACUAUCCUUUGGAUAGACAACAAUCCUAUAUCAGAAUCUGACCACUUCCUGCAUGUAGAAAUGGUUUCUCACACUUUAGAAGUGAAAUGGGAUUUAGGCCCAUCACGAGAGAAUGAAGCAUUUCAUAAGACUGUCAGCCAAAAGAUUGAAACACAGCGUGGUGAUUGGCAUCAGGUGCAACUUUGGUUUGAUGGCAACCUGGUUCAUCUGAAAGUUUCAGGAAAUUCAGACAACCUCUCUGAAGAUAAUUAUUCUAUUGGGCUCAGUGAGCUUUUGAAUGGUGGAGCUAAUGUUUACGUUGGAUAUAAACCAGGACAAUCGUCCAGGUUCAAAGGGUGUCUUAAUGAUGUCCGAAUUGGUGGUGUCCUUCUAUCCUUUUUUGAUAGUACUCUUUUCCCAAGCUCUGGGAAUCCAUUCCAAAUUAUCAGCAAGGAUGUGGAGAUUGGAUGCAAAUUAUGCUGGGAUGAUGACUGUAAACAUGGAAGUUGCUUGAACCGUACUGACUCUUAUGAUUGUAAUUGCUAUGAUGGCUAUGAAGGUCAAUACUGUGAUGUUGAUAUGUGUGUUACCAAUAACCCAUGCAUUAAUGGUGGAAUGUGUUCACAUGAUGAUAUGCUGGUAAAGUUGAUGUGUACUUGCCCUAAAGGAUUUACUGGUGCAACUUGCAAUGAAGUUGACCUAUGUGAACACACUCCUUGUGCAAAUGGGGGCACUUGUUCUCAGAGUAAUAAUAUAACAACUUGCACUUGUCCACCAUUUUAUGAGGGGAAAUCAUGUGAUAAGUCUACAAUAAGAACUUGCAAUGAUGUUGAUUGUGUGCAUGGAACUUGUUUAAAUAUUGAUCUCAAUGAAACAGUGAAGUUCAAAUGCCUUUGCUUUGAUGGAUAUGAGGGAGAAUUUUGUGAUUCUGUUAUCGACUACUGUAUUAACAAUCCGUGCCAAAACGGAGGAACCUGUGACAUGAUAAUAGAACCAGAAUCAGCCGUUUACCAUUGCUAUUGUCCAAGUGGUUUCACUGGAGAUAAUUGUCAGCAGAAUGUCAAUGAAUGCGAAAAUGAUCCUUGUGACCAUGGGCUAUGUGUGGAUCUAAUUGGUCAUUAUAGAUGUGAUUGCUAUCCAGGUUACAAAGGAGACUUCUGUUCUGAUCAAAUUCGUAAUUGUACUGAUGUUGAAAAUGUUUGCUACAAUGGAACUUGCAAAGAUGCUCCAGGAGGCUAUAAAUGUGAUUGUGAAGAAAAUUUCCUCGGCACGCAUUGUAGCAUUUUGAAUGAAUGUCAUCCUUCCAAAUGCAACAACCAGGGAGACUGUGAGCCUAUGUAUGAUGAGAAUGAACUUUCAUUCAUCCAUACCUGUAAAUGUAAUGAAGGCUUCACUGGCCAUGAUUGCACUAAAGAGCUUGUUCGAGGUGGAGAUGACAAUCUCAUUUUAAUCAUCCUUAUCCCAGUCAUGUCCUUGUUCAUCCUAUGCCUAUUAAUUGGCUCCAUUAUAUUCCUGAGGAUAGCUAAGAAGAAACGAGCCACAAGAGGAACUUACAGUCCUAGCCGACAAGAAAUGUUUGGGUCCCGUGUUGAAAUGAAUCAUGUUAUGAAACCACCACCUGAAGAAAGACUCAUCUAAAAAACUUGCAAUGUGUUUUACCCCAAAUAAUUUUUUCAAAGAACUGUUCACAUAGAUGUAAAAGUUAAGGCUUUAAAAAUUUAUUUUUGACUCAGGUUGUACAAACUUUCUAAAUAUUUAAAUUUUAGGCAUAGAUGUAAAUAUUUUUAAUUUGACAAAAAAAAUUAUGUAUGAAUUUAUCUUUUUUAAAAUAAUCUUAAGAAAUUUAAGAAGUAAUGUUCAAGGCAUCAUUUUUAAAUAAUUUGGUAUUUAGUUAAUUGGAAUCAUGCAUUGCAUUUUCACAUAUUUUCCUGUAUAUAGUAACUUCAUGUGUAUUUAUUUUAUCAUAAGUGGUAUCUUAAUUCAGUUGCAGAAACAAAAUGUGUGUCUGAGUUGUUUUUUUAUGUGAGGUACUGUGCUGAAAGGGUGAAAUAAGUAUGAUAGUUAUUUUUUUAAUGUAUAGAUAAUUCCACUUUUAGGAUGCCAUGUAAAAUAUUUAAACAGUUGGGAGGUUUUAAGUAGUUUUAACUCAUUCUAAAACAACUGAAAGACAUCUUAUUUUUUAAUUAAUUUUAGAGUAUUUUCACUUUUAUAAAAAAUUUUAUUAGUAAGCCAUGUAAUCUUUAUAUUGCUUUUCAAUGUAUUAAAUAAAAUUAAAAUUAGUUUUUUUUUGUAUUGUAACCAAUAUUUUUUAAUGAAUUUUUUAAUUCUUAAGAAUAUGAACCUUUUUUUAAUACUCAGUUUCAUUGAAUUUUAUUUAACUCAUUAAUGCAUUAUAUUUUAUCAGAAUGCUGUUGUAAAAUGCAGAAUAUUUUUUUUUAUUUUUAAUUAUAUAUAAUAUUAAAUGGUUUUUAGAACUUUAUAAAAUUGGAAAAAGCUGCAUUUAAAAAAUAUCAUUAAAAUACAAUGAAAUGAAAAAAAAUUCUUAUAUGGAUUGUGAUUCCAUGUUUUAUAUGAAAAUAAUAAUUAAAGAUUGCCAAGGGCAUUGCUUGUAAAUAUAUUAUUGCGUGUUUUUCAAUCUGUAUAAGCACUCACACAUUCCUUUAUUGAGUAUUUAACUCUCUGCAAUGUGAAUUGUAAUUUAAGUUGGGGAAAAAUCGUUCUUUCUUUAUAUUUCUCAAAUAAUACUCAAAAGAUAUUUGCAUGAAAUGUUAAAUAUUCUCCACCAACUUAUAUAUCAAGCAUUCCGUCCUUUGAAUGUGAUUAUUUUUAAAGUAUUUCAAGUAUAUUCAAUAACAUGAAGUAUUAUUUUUAUAAAUAUAUUCAAAUAUAUAUCACUAAUGAGAAAUGUUAACACUUCUUUUAUGAGGAGAGUCAUUAUAUGACUGCUUUUAGUGAAAAAUGUUUUAAAUUCUAAUGGAAAAACUUCAAUGCUUUUCGAGCUUUGCUAAUUGAUAUUUUAUAAAUACAUGUAUGAAUAUUUUCUCAUAAAAUAAAUGUAUACAUGUUUUGUGAAAGUUUUUGCACUAUUAAGCUUUUUUUUAUAGAACUUUUUUUGGUAAACUGUUGCAAUCUUAUUUUUGGUAAAUAUGUUACAAUAUAUGUUUUGUAAUGUAAGAAAAAAAAUAUCAUGAAAGGGCAUCACACUUCUAAAAAGAAACUAUAUUGCUUUUGCUUCUACAAUAAAAAUAUUUUUAUGGUUGUACAAUUCUUAAUUUAUGAUGCUGAAUUAAGAAACUCUAUAAAAGGCACUUUUGCACUUUUAAAUGUAAGUAUUUAUUAUUGUAUGUUGUGUGUUUGGACACUUUUGUAAUGAAUUAUUUGUAAAAAAUAUUAACACAUUGAUUGUGAUAAUCAGUUUCCGUCCCUUGUACAUUCCAUGUUGAAAAGUCUGUUAACAUGUCUGUCCCAUUUGAUCUGUAUAGUUUAUUGAUUAAAUGAAUAAAAUUUUAUAUUGAACAU